AUGACUGAAAUUAUUACAGAUAAUGAGAUUGAAGAUGAUUUUAAAAAAAUUAUUGAUAUGAUAGACAAUCAAAGUUUUGGUCCGUCAGAUGAAACAGAUCCUCCAGGCUGGGAAUCAGAUACCAGAUAUGAAAAAGAAAUACGCAUUGGUAAAGUGAAGAAAGGAGGAAAAUUGGGACCAGGUAAACGUAUAGAGCGUGUAAUAUUAAAGAAGAAGAAACCUUUCGGUAAAAAUGAUUCUAGACCAGGUUUCUCAGAUUGGGAAUACACAGAGGAAGAUGAGAGAGAACUACUCGUCAAAGAAUAA